UUCAUUGUUUGAAGGUAGUCAAUCAGUAGGAUCAGGUCACAUAUAGAGGGGCUUCUUUAAAAGAGAGAGAGAGAAAGAGAUUUAUAUGUUCAAAUUACAAGUAGGCCUACUCUCUCUCAAAUUUGGGUAAACAGAACUUGAACUAUGACCUUAGAAGAUUUUAAUAUUUAUUAUGUUAAUAACUGGAUACUAAUACCAGCUGCCUUCAUUAUUUUGUUCCUUUCCUUCUUGGAGAAAAGAACUUACCGACCUGAUGUCUGCAAUGGGCGGCCGGCUUUAGUCAUUCCUCUGCCUUUUCUCGAUGGCUAUGAGAAUAGACUGGCCUAUUCUGUGGCCUUUCUAACGAUUAUGAAUACAUUUGUUUCCCUACUGACGUCUCAGAAUACAAUCAAUAUAGAUAUACCUUUGUGGGGUCGAGCGCUGAUUGUUUACAUGCAAGCAUUUGUUGGCUGUCUGACAUGUUUCCCAUUUUUCGCGUGCUUGUCAACACGUUACAGAGUAGCAGGUGCAAUCAUAUGUAUUGUCUAUUCCAUAGUAUGGCUCUCUUUGAGCGUUGUGAGCAUUGCUAAAGAAGCGAAUGACGUCACCAACAUGACAAUCUGGUCUAUCGAUCUCUCUGAUAAUGUUAUGAACAGAAUCGUUGUAGCUAAAGCUCUUCUGCUGGGAUUGCCGAAUGUUUUAAGCUACUCUCUGCUCAUCUGUUGCUGCGUCUACAUCCUCUACAGGUGUUUUACCACCAAAAUGUAUUUCAACAAACAUGUGAACAUUAUCCUGAGGCCCCAUCAAGAGGAACAUGUACGAUGGGUUUUUAAGAAAUCUAAGACUCCCUUGACUUAUGAAGAGCUGACGGAGAAACCAAAGCUAACAUUUAUUCAACGCAUGCACAACGAGAAGAAGCUCAGGCUCUUCACAAACUUUCCCUUUUUCAAAUACCCAACAAAAAUUUUGGCGAUGGUUUGUGUACAAAUUGGAGUUGUCUACUGGAUGGGCACUUUACUGACUUUUUCGACUAUUAAAAUAGCGUAUGAAUGUUAUCAUUUGGCUAAGACUUUUGUUUCGAUAGACUACAAUCAUAUUAUUAUAUUUUCAGUUUGUGGGGCUAUUGGUUUGUUCACUGCAAUCACCAAUUCUUUUAUCCAUAUUUUUGUGGCUACAAGAAACUACAGAUAUCAUUUAUUAAAAAUUUACCAGGGAGAAAAAGAGUUCGCAGUGAAAUUUGAAGAAUCUUCUCAAUUUCUGUUGACCAGUAGUAUGAUCUAUCCUGGGUAUCAGAUGAGCUUCUUGGUGUGGGGUUGCGCCAUCGCUUUUGGCUUCGUUUUCCUGUUGCUUCUGUUUAUAGUAGAGACGUUUUACUUACUUGCCAUCGAAGAUCUACUCAAAGAUAUGUUGCUGAACAUUGUUCAAGUUCUUAGUUUCCCAGUCACUACAAUUAUUCUGUUCUACCUUCAAAUGCUCCUGAGUAAGAAGGUUUUGCUGCAGGAGAAGAUGAAGGUCAGUGACAAGCAUCCGCCACUUAACAUUAAUAACAGAAAAUUGUUUGAACUGAUUAACUAUUAUUCACUGUUCACCAACAUGGCCGUGGGACUCGCCACCUGUUUGUUACGGAUCAUACUCAGCACGUUCUUCGGAGUGUUUGCUGUAGGGCGGCUGGACAAAAGUGUUUUUACUCGCGACAGGGAAACAUUCGAUAGAGGCUACAAGUCCUACCUGUCCAUGUUGCUAGUGGACAAUGCACACAAUAAUCCCAGCAUGCGAGUGUUUGCACAUCUUUUGUGGACGCGUGUGCUGUCCAGAAGGCUUAGACAACGUCGACCCACUGAAAGUUUCAACGACAAAUCACCCCUGACGUCAUCGACUCAAAAUAAAAGGAAAUCUAAUACUGACUCGACUUCACUAGAUUCUCCAAUGUCGAAUCCUUGGACAUUUUGUGAGUAUGUUGAGGAAUUCCGUCUGUCUAAUAAAAGCAGAAAGCGCUGGUUUCUAGCCUACACCCUCAUGAAUAACAUGGAAUUAAGAAAACUACGGAAACACGAGUUGGCAAAAUCUUUGAAAUCCGAACACCAGCCAAAGACAAGUUCACUGGAGUCUUCUUUAAAAGAAGAAAAAUCAACUUGAUUUGACAAUGUUGUGCAACCCAUGUGUUUGCUUGAAGUCUAAACCACUUGUCUCCAGUAUAGGCUUAUACUCAUUCCAAGGAUUUAUUAAACAAAUCACUAGUUUUAGAGCAAGAUUUCUUUUAUUGAUGAAAAGUUUACAGCAAAUUAGUCAUAUCACAAACAUGCAAAAUACUCAGAAAAUGUAAAUAGAUAAUUGUAAAUAGUAAUUGCUACUAAUAUUUAGUAAUGAUGUCACAAAAUGUAUUAUGUAAAUAAAAUUUGAUUUGAAUUUUG